GCAUAGGUCAACUUAUUUAAGGAGUGAACAGGACUACACACUAUUAGAUCUCGUUACCACUGAGCUAGACCUUAGAAUAAAUGUUUUCGUUGAUGAUAAUUUUUUUUUCUUUAAAAUCACACAAACAAUGACUGAAGCCAAAAUGAUGUCACUGGAUGAUAUAUUUCACGAAAUAGGAGGUUUAAACAGAUUUCAACUUUUAAUCAUUCUUUGUGUGUAUGGCUUGAAAAUUCCGAGUGCAUGGAGUAUGAUCCAAAUCACUUUCACCGGACUGGUCCCACCAUUUCUUUGCAACCCAAACACAAACUUGAGCGUUGAAACGAGUUCCAGCAAUGAAUCUUUUAACUCACUCAGCAAUAUGAUGAAAAAGAAAUCGAAUCUCAAUGUAUGUUUUUUAAAUGGAACUUCUUGUCAAGACUUCACAUUUCUAGGUGAUGUUAGAACAAUUAUUUCUGAGUGGAAUUUGGUGUGCGACAUGAAAUGGACAAAGGCUACAAUCACGACCAUUCAAAUGGCUGGAGUUCUGCUUGGGGCAAUGCUUGCUGGUCAAUUUGGCGACUACUUUGGACGCAAAAAGACAACUUACUCAUUUUUUUUGGCCCAUCUUUUGUUCAACUGCGUGACUUAUUUUUCACUGAACUGGCAAAUGUUUGGGGCACUUAGAUUUUGUAUUGGAGCAACAAUAGGGGCGAAUCUUGUCAUGACCGUUCCUUACUGCUCAGAAUAUCUACCACUACGAUGGAGAACGUUGAUACCUAUUAUUCCAAUGUGGCCUAUCGGAACGGCCAUAUUUGCAGGAGUCGCUUUUCUUCUUCCCGAUUGGCGUUACCUUCAUUUGGCUAAUGCUGCGCUGUCUGCACCGUUUCUUUUGGGAUAUUUCUGUGUCCCAGAGAGUGUACGAUGGCUCGCCACCAAGGGCCGCAUGUCAGAAGCCUUUAGCGUCAUAGAAAAGAUUGCAGCUUUAAACCGAAAACCUGUGCCCGCUUACACCAUGGAUGUUAUUGAAGCUGUAGCUGCUGCCGAAGAAAAGAGUAGAAAAGCCGGACAUAAAUACAACUAUCUUGAUCUUUUUCGAGGCAAGACAAUGGUCAUCACAACACUAGUUUUAGGACUCCACUGGAUCGUACUAUCUCUUGUGUUUUAUGGACUAUCUUUUGGCGCGUCGAGUUUUACUGGCAACGUGUACCUGAAUAUAUUCAUCAUAGGAAUUAUAGACAUCCCAGGAAAUAUUACAGUCAUCUACUGGAGCAACAGAUUUGGUCGCAAAAAGAGUACAAUUGGCUUCCUUCUAAUAGGCAGUCUAGCCAGCUUUGGUUGUCUUGCGACCAUCUUGGCAGCCGAAGAAGUCAAUAAAGGAUCAAUACUACGUGGUCUAAGUCUUGCUGCUAAACUAGGCAUUGCCGGCAGCUGGGUCUCUGUUCAGACCUGGGUCGGUGAACUCUAUCCAACAGUAACAAGAAGCCUUGGUUAUGGUUUUGUAAAUACAGCCUCAAGAGUCGGUGGUAUGUUAGCUCCAUUUGCUAUUAAUCUGGAUGACUGGAUUGUCUUCUCCUUUAGCCUGAUGGGGUGUAUUACCUUGGUCACUGGACUUCUGCUGACACUUAUACCGGAAACGUUGAAUCAAACUUUGAGAGACAGUGCCAACACAGCAGACGCGAGCAUGCAGGUAAAAGAUAUGAGAACAACCUCCUGGUAUGAUGGAGGGUCCACCUCACUCGACACUUGUUGUCUUGCAGGCAGUGGAAAAAUCCACAAGAGGUAUGGCGCUGCAUUCUGAAAACGAAAGAGCGCUGUAAAUAGACCUUUUCCCCACUCCUAAAUCUCACUAGAUGACUGUUCUUUGGGGAGAUGUUGGUAGGUGGUUAGUCUAAUUUAACUCGCAGUCUCAUUUCAAGAUAAGAUGAACUCAGAGGCGUCACUGUUGAAAUGGUAGUGACCAAUUAAAAAGCAAAGAAAGGUGAUGGUCACUAAGUGUUAAUGCAAGAAAAAAAAACAAGCAAAAUAUAAAAAACGAGCCGACCCGCGGCGUAGCAUACGCCCCCACCCCCUCUUUUUUUUAAAUUUAAUCUCGCUCUGUCAUCACGAAAGUUACGUGGGGUAACUCUAGCCCGACUUGCAGAAAUAAAAUAGUUAUCUUUCCAUGACUGGUGUCUGCAUGGUUGGACCAUGCGUGUUCUAUAGAUUGUGUGAGUAAGCUUACAUUGUGUGCGCGCGUUUGUGUUUGUGUGUACAUUGAACAUUGGAAUGAAUUAUAAUAAAGUCUAAAUUGUUGGAAACAAAGCCCACAACAAAUCUAAGCCUGCCUUUUUAUUGCCCCAUGAUAAACAUGUGUCCCGCUUUCGCUGCCCAAAUAUCUGCCCUUAACUAUGACCUUCAAUUACAUAAGGCGGCCUUUACGUAGGUGAUCAAAUGGAAGAACGAGGCUAAGAUUGAUCAAUGUGCAUAUCUAAAACUAUUCGGGAGGUGGGGGGUAGAGGCAUUAAAAAAGAGAGAAUAGACUGGAAAGCUCUGAAUAGAACGAUGCAUUUAUCCGUCAAGAAUCUGUCUCCAGCUGAAGUGUGACUGGUGUAGAUGCAUGAGGUUCCGAGUCAUAAUCUUAGAAACUUGAAGCUUCCAUCAGCUGUAGCGCUACUGGUAUAGAUGUCCGCACAAAGUUCCGAGAUAUGAUCUUAGAAAAAGCUUUUCUGUUUGAAUUAUUAUCUAUUUACCUCUUAAAUAUAUUGUUAAGAAAAUAAAAGUUGAAUCAACUCUUUUUGCAAUUUUUGAAAAAAAUUACAUUUGAACCUCCAAAAAAAGUUUCCAUAGAAU